ACAAUUUGGACCAAUUAAGCUACAACAGGUUGUAAAUUUACAUAGCGCUUGACAAAUCAGUGUUCAGCACAUUCGGGCCACCGUCGGGGCUGUACGUGUCAGCUCCAACAUGGCGGAAGAGAAAGACGAUGUCAGCCGGCUUGACGUGGCUGUGGACGGUCUGACUCUCGCGGAAAACGAGAACGAUUCUCCCGAAGGGGAGGCGGUGACUGCCAAUGGAGGCGGAGACGGUGGUUUGUUUGACGAGAAGUGGGGUUUCCCGACGGAGGAACUUUACAAGCUCGCCCUGACGUUUUUCAAAGAAAAAGAAGGCAAGGCAGUCCACCUGACGUAUGGAGACAAGUUGAAGCUGGUGGCCUACACCAAGCAGGUACAAGUGGGGCCGUACGACGCCGAGAAAAUGCCUCCUGUUGGAUACUUUGACGUCAUCGGUAAUGAUCGCAGGAAAGAAUGGCAGGCCCUGGGAGACAUGGGGAAGCACCAGGCCAUGUGUGAGUUCUGUCUGCUGCUGGACAACCUCUGCCCGACAUUCCAGCCCUACGUGGAGGCACACAGAAGGGACCUGGAGGAGAAGGAGAGGAUUAAACGUGAGGAAGAGGAGCGGCUUCAGCGUGAAGCGGAGGAGAGGGAACGUCAGCGUCUGGAGGAGGAAGCUCGCAAGAGGGAAGAAGACGAGAGAAUACGACAAGAACAACAGAAAUUAGCCAUUAUGAAUGUCCUGAACCAGCAGACAGCAGCACAGUUUCAGCAGUACGCAGCGCAACAGUUUCCAGGGAACCCUGAACAGCAACAAUUAUUGAUAAGGCAGCUGCAGGAGCAACACUACCAGCAGUACAUGCAGCAGGUGUACCAGCAGCAGAUGCAGCAGCUACAGCAGCAGCACCUGCAGCAGCAGGCCCCUCCCCUCGCCAACCACGUGGAUGCCGAGGGAGGUCAGGGGUCAGCGGCUGCCGCCGGGCCGCCCGCGCUUGACUCUACAGGUGACAGCGAAGAAAAGAUAGUAGAAAAUGGGCCCGAAGAGGAGUACCCGAGCAUUGCGGCGCCGUCCAUGUGGACCAGACCGCAGAUCCAGGAGUUCAAGGAGCAGAUCAGGAAGGACAAGGACUCGGUCAUCACCGUGGGGCGCGGCGAGGUGGUGACCGUCCGCGUUCCCACGCACGAGGACGGCGCCUACCUGUUCUGGGAGUUUGCCACAGACAGUUAUGACAUUGGGUUCGGGGUGUACUUUGAGUGGACGAUAGCGCCCAGUAACGCGGUGAGCGUGCACGUGAGUGAGUCCAGUGAUGAGGAGGAUGAAGAUGAGGAUGUGGAGGGUGAGGGUGAGGAGGGCCAGGAUGUAGAGAAAGGCGCGCGAAGCGACCGGCCGCCGACAGACGAGAUUGUGCCCAUCUAUCGCAGAGACUGUCACGUGGAGGUGUACGCCGGCAGCCACAUGUACCCGGGGAGGGGCGUCUACCUCCUGAAAUUUGACAACUCUUACUCUUUAUGGCGAUCAAAAACACUGUACUAUAGAGUUUAUUACACAAGAUGAGUGAUUAGCCUAAGGGGUUUGUUACAGAAUACAAAUAUAAUUCUAAAAGAAAUUA